AAACCAUUUCUUUUUUCUUUUCUACUUUCUUUCUUCUUCUUUUUUUAUUUAAUAAAAAGAGAAUAAUUUGCUUCUAAUUUGCAACUCUACCAACGGCUUUGCUUUGAGUCACAAAACACAAAUGGUGUUACGCGACGACCCGAAUACGGUCACUGAAUCUUUAUGUCCUGAAUCACAAAUUUCCUUAUAUAUAGAUAAAUGAAUCUCUAUCUUCUUCUCCCUCACUCUCUCAGUGUAAUUGUAAAGAAAUAAUGAACGCUGUGGUACCCAAAGCAUAACACCACAGUGAAACUGUCAACUUAACCAUUUCUUUAUUCCUAUACUCUAUUACCCAAAGAUGGAACCUAGCUUGGAUUUGAGUUUGAGCUUUGUUCCCAGAAACGUUUCUGAUAUUCUUGGCGAUGUUCCUAAGAGCAAAGAAGGGUCUCAGAAAAUUUCCACGCUUGCGGACUUUGUCAAAAGGUUGGAAGAUGAGAUGAGGAAGAUUGAGGCUUUCAAACGUGAGCUUCCUCUUUGCAUGAUCCUCGUUACCGAUGCUAUUAGUAGAUUGAAAGAGGAAAUAAAUGGGGGUGUGAGAAUGCAAGAUGAACCCGUGGUUGAAGAAUUGAUGACACUGGUGAAAUUGAAAAGCAAUUCUGGGGGAAAUGGGUCUUUGACUAUGGAGAAGGGAAACGGUGAUAAGAAGAAUUGGAUGAGUUCUGUUCAGCUAUGGAACGCUAAAACCAAACAGAGGAGUGAAGAGGAUGAUUGGUUUGUGCCAGAAAAGCCAAUUCAAGCACAGGACGAGACCAACAAGUGUGGAGGAGCAUCAUCACUAGCAUUGAAUGGAAACAAGUGUGUGUUGAAGACAGAGAUGAGGGAUGACAAGGAGGUGUCAAAGGUUCCUAGCCUUAGUUUGAUGACUCCAACGUUUGAACUGAAACAUAGAACCUCAAGAGGUGGUUCGCCUCUGAUUUCCAGAACGGUUGAGAUUAAGGGUCAGUCUCAACCGCAGCAGAAUCCAAGGAAGCAAAGACGAUGCUGGUCACCAGAGCUUCAUCGGCGAUUUGUUGAUGCGCUUCAACGAUUAGGAGGACCACAAGUGGCCACUCCUAAACAGAUUAGAGAACUGAUGCAGGUGAGAGGCCUGACAAAUGAUGAAGUGAAAAGCCAUUUGCAAAAGUACAGGCUUCAUUUUAGAAGACCUCAAGUUUCUUCAGUUGGGAAGGCUAAUAGUGGCUUAAGCAUGAUGGCAAAAGAUCAAUAUGUAGAUAAAAAAUCAAAGGGAAACAUAUCACAAUCUAGCUCUCCAGAAAGUCCUCUCUUUCUAGGAGGGUCUGGUAACAGCAUGGACACAGAAGAAGAUGAGCAAUCAGAUUGUCACAAUUGGAAAGGUGGACUUCACCACCACCAAGAAGCUGAUGUUCUGUGAGAUUCUGAAGUUUUCGUAUACAUAACAAUAAAACAUUAUAUAAAUGAAGACUCAGAAUUUGACAGCAUAAAAAUAAAAAAUCUAACACAUAUAUAAUAUAAGGGAUCCAAUCCAAUCGGUGUUGUAAUCAUAUGAGAGACUUCUAGAGUGAGUGGUUAGAGAUUUUACAGUGUUUCAGAGUUCUCUGCCAUCUGUUUUUAAGAAGAGGUUUUUGUUAUGACCAAUAAAAAUGGUUGGUAGCUGUAAUUUUGUUCAAUAAAUUUCCAGAGUGUAACUCCCUUGGCCUUUUUUAUUCUCUGCUUUAAUUUAUUGGGAUUUCCAUGUUAAAUUUUAUGUAAAUUCAGAAUAAUAUGGAAUCCACCUC